AUGGCCUCGGCAUUGCGAUGGUACCAGGCUAGGUUGGCCUCGCGCCCCCUCCUCACUCAGUCAAUCACCACCGCCGUCCUCUUCGCAACCGGCGACACCAUGGCGCAACAGGGUGUCGAGCGCCGGGGUUUCAGAAACCAAGACCUGAAUCGCACAGCCCGCAUGGCCUUCUACGGCGGCUGCAUCUUCGGCCCUGCGGCCACGACAUGGUUCGGUCUACUCCAAAGCCGCGUCCGCUUCCCUGGCCGACCGAACCUCGAGAUCGUUGCGCGGGUGGCGGCAGAUCAGUGCAUCUUCGCCAGCACGAACUUGUUCGUAUUCUUGAGCACGAUGGCGGUGUUGGAGGGCACGGAUCCGAAGAAGAAGCUCGAAAGUACUUAUUGGAAUGCGUUGAGCAAGAAUUGGAUGGUGUGGCCGUGGGUACAGUUUACCAACUUCAAGUUUGUGCCGUUGGAGCAUCGGGUUCUGGUUGUCAAUGUCGUGUCGCUGGGUUGGAACUGCUACCUCAGCUAUCUCAACAGCCAACCCUCUGCCGAUGCCAUGGCCGAGAAGACCUACCCGCCGGACGUUUAG